CGUCAGUACCUUUGGAGUGAUGCUUAAUCCCUCUGGGACGACAAUUUCGAUACCUCUCGGCGUGCGGAACUGUUGAAUUCAAAAGUGGAAAACCCUCCGACAACUCGCAAGCUCUUUAAGUCCAAUUCCCCCGAAGAAUACUGGGACGUACGGAUUGAGGGAAAUAGAAGGAAAAAUGGGCGUCAACAUGCUCCGGCUUGCUGCAAUUGCACUAGCAGCGAUAAGCGCUGUACAGGCUGCGAAUUCCUGUCCUGCGGUGCGGAGUGAAGGAGAGCCGCAAGGGCAGAUCAAGAAUGUCAAUGGAACUCAAAUAUAUCACACAUAUCCUGCUGGCGGACCCAAAGCAUCGAGGGAUAAUACCAAAGCUAUCCUCUACGUAUCUGAUAUCUUCGGCCUCCCUCUUCUUCAAAACAAAGUCCUCGCAGACUCCCUAACCCAGACCUCCUACCCCGUCAUCUUCCCCGACCUCUUCUCCGGCGACGCCUACCCCGUCACCACUCCCGACCACCCUGCCCCCGACCUCACCGAAUGGAUCGCCCGCCACCCCCCGGCCGCCGUCGACGCCAUCCUCGACAAAACAAUCGCCUACAUGCGCUCCGAACUCGGCGUCACGAAAAUCGGCGCCGUGGGCUAUUGCUUCGGAGGCAAGUAUGUGCCGCGGCAUAUGGCGGAGGGCAAGGGGAUCGAUGUCGGGUUCAUUGCGCAUCCGAGUGGGUUGGAGGAUGGCGAGAUUAAGGCGAUUGCUGGGCCGAUUAGUGUGGCUGCUGGACAACUCGAUGGUACUUUCAACGCCGCUGCGCGUCGUAAUGCCGAGGAUAUCCUCACGGGCAUGAAUGCCGUUUUCCAGACGGUGCUGUAUUCGCAGGCGCCGCAUGGGUUCGCGGUACGCGUGAAUAUGAGUGCGCCGGCGGAGAAGUUUGCAAAGGAGGGGGCUUUUUUGCAGGCCGUGAAGUGGUUUGAUGCGUGGCUUUAGGUGCGGAGGUGGGUUGAAGGAUAUGGAUGGAAUGAAGUGGUGAUCCUUCGUGAUUGAUGCUCGAUCUCUAUAGACGCACGGAAGUCCUAUGAUAUAUGGUAAGGUUGAGAUGAUGGCUGCGAUGCAUUAGGGUUGGUUGAUGCGUUGUACCUCCAUCAAGAUUGUCUUUGUUUCAGACCCGCCAAUUAUUGAAGGUGUACAGACGGUAUAGGCCGGUGCAAGAAGC